GUGUGUGUAGCUCACAGAUUACUGGGAUGGUGAUGGUAUAUAUGGAGUGAAGCAGUACACACUUUGGGUGGUUGCUGAAGCACUCACUAUGAGAGUUCUCAUUCUGCUGGUACUAGUGGGAGCUGCUGUGGCAGCCCCCAGUGCUAAUGGAAAGAUCGUUGGAGGGACUGAGUGUGCGGCUCAUUCACAGCCUUGGUCAGUGUCGUUGAACUAUGGUUACCAUUUCUGUGGAGGAGUGCUCAUCAGUGAACAGUGGGUGCUUUCUACUGCUCAGUGCUGGUACAAUCCCUACAGCAUGCAGCUUAUUUUGGGAGAGCAUGAUGUACGUGUGUUUGAGGGAACUGAGCAGCUUAUAAAGACAGAUACCAUUAUCUGGCACCCCAACUAUGACUACCAGACUCUGGACUACGAUAUUAUGCUGAUUAAGCUCUACCACCCAGUAAAGGUGACUGAUGCAGUGAGACCAAUAUCUCUGCCGUCUGGAUGUCCUUAUGGAGGAAUGGCCUGUACUGUCUCUGGAUGGGGAUCUCUCUAUGCUGAUACAUUGUUCAUGCCGUUUCGACAGCAGUGUGCUGAUGUUCCAGUUGUGAGUGAUGAGGAGUGUGAAAAGUCGUAUCCUGGUCUGCUGACUCGAAGGAUGAUGUGUGCUGGAUAUCAGGAGGGAGGCGUGGACGCCUGCUCUCGUGAUGCAGGCAGUCCGCUGGUGUGCUUCGGAGAGGUGCAUGGACUGGUGUCAUGGGGUAAGGGCUGUGGCCUGCCAGGAUACCCUGGUGUUUACACCAAGGUGUGUGAAUUCCUCUACUGGAUCAGAGAGGUCAUGGAGGAAUACUCUUAAACGUUCUAUAUUAAAGUUCUAUAUUAAAAUUAUCCAUAUUCUAUUUGUUUUUCUUUCUCCUUUACUCUCUUCUAUCCCUUUCAUCAGUGUUUCUAACAGCAUUGCUUAUCUGUGCUUUGUACUUUUCUCUGAUAUCAUUCACUUAGAAAAAAACAAUGACAAGAUAAAA